AUGUCUUCGAUCUCCGCACUCUUCUCUCCCAUCCGCAUAGGCAACAUCGGCUUGCAGCACCGCGUCGUCCUCGCCCCACUCACCCGUUUACGUGCACACGCAAAUCAUGUCCCAAGCCCACAAGCACCAGCGUACUACUCUCAGAGAGGCUCUACCCCCGGCACUCUCCUUGUAACAGAGGCCACAUUCAUAUCACAGAAAGCUGGUGGUUACGAUAAUGUCCCUGGGAUAUACACCGAUGCCCAUGUAGAGGAGUGGAAAAAGGUAACAGAAGCAGUUCACGAGAAGGGCUCUUUCAUUUUCCUACAACUCUGGGCGCUCGGCCGUGCGGCAGAAACAGCCGUCCUUGCCAAGAGAACAAUAGCCCCUACAAUACGUUGCCACGUAUACUACUGCCGCAAAAAUGCAAUUCGAGCUGGCUUCGAUGGUGUUGAAAUUCACGGCGCGAACGGCUAUUUGAUCGAUCAGUUCAUACAAGAUGUCACCAACCAGCGUACAGAUGAAUAUGGCGGAAGCAUCGAGAAUCGCGCGAAGUUUGCACUCGAAGUCACAGAUGCCGUUGUGGAGGCCGUUGGUGCUGAGAAGACAGCGUUCAGAAUAAGCCCGUGGGGUGUGUUCAGUGGUAUGGGCAUGGCAGAUCCCAAACCUCAGUUCUCCUACUUGGUUGAGCGGCUGCGGAAACACAAACUCGCGUACAUCCACGUCGUGGAGCCGAUGCCUGCCGAAAUCACUGCUGACAAAAACAGCGACUUCAUCCGUGAUAUCUGGGAUGGGGUUGAAGGGAGCGCAUUCAUCAGCACAAACGGACAUACGCGGAAUAGCGCAAUUGAGACGGUAGACAAGAAAGGCGGGCUUGUUGGAUUCGGGAGGUUGUUUAUGCCAAACCCCGAUCUUCCAUUCCGUCUGCUAAAGAACACCGCGCUUGAGCGGGGUGACCAGGCAACAUGGUACAUGGCCGGUAAUCUCACACCGACAGGUUAUUCAGAUUGGCCCUAUGCGCCAGAGAAUGAUCAGCAGAUAAGCAGAUUGUGA